AUGCAAAUCGCAUUCCUCAAGAAGCGUGGCGGUUUGCUCCGCGACAUCGAAUGGCCCCAAGCAGAACGUAUCCUGGCCAGCCACCGAGGAAUAGCCGGUUGUCUUCGGCCACAAAAAACAUCCCUGUCGGCGCAUCACCAACGAUACGCCACAACAAAACUACCUGCAGAAAUCCAGUUCAUAGAAGACAAUGACAGUCACCUCGACCAGCAGCCCCUGAUGUGGACUCUGCUCUUCAAGUGGGUCGAGUGUAAGCUUCCUCGUCAUCAAGGAUCUCUGAGAGCCCUUCAACAGCAUGUUCAAGACCAUUUCAGCAUGCUUCCCACUUUUGAGCUGUUGAUCUACCGGGCUGAAGAACCACCUGCUGUGGGGCUCACAAAAAGCAUCGUGCAGGCCUUCUCUCGCAUCAAUUUCCACCAUCCAGCUUCUUGUGUCUUGUUCGGCGCCAAGAUGCAGAAAGGGCGUAAGUGGUCGCCGUUCGUCAUCAGCGACAUACGAUCACCUGAGACUACACGCGAGUGCUUCACGGUUCUGGGUGCGAAGACUGCACAAGUGUGGAAUGGCGGUGCUUUUCAAAUUGUUGCACUUCUGGACAAGGCGGACUGUCAAAACUGCGAGCAUCUCUGCCUGACUGAGGUUUCCCUCCUACCUACCCAUUGGCCCCAACGUGCCUAUUUCACCUUCUCCACCAUCAACUUCAACACACCGUCGUUCAAGCAGUCCUCAUCAGGAAAUCUCAAGCCAGCGACCUAUGAAGGCAAGGCCGCUGAUGUCCGACGUACUGAAGAUCCUCCGUCAAGGUCCCAGUGCAGCAACGACGAGCGGAACACUACAGCUAGCCCUCAAGUUGUUGGCCCGGACCUGGACAAGACUCUGGCCGUGGGACUGUUUCCCAAGCCAAAAGAAAAGAUGAAGGUUGGUAACCGCCCGUCUUUGUACUCAAAGCGCUCCAGUGAUACAUGUCUGCUGCUCUUCCCUGGCCCAAGUGUUAUAUAUGACAAUGUCUCUGAGUGCUUUCAUGUCCUCAAGUUACUUUUGUGCGGGGAUAUUGAAUCAAACCCAGGACCGGACGAUAAGGUGCUGACAGCUAUUGCUAGCCUUUCAGCUAAAGUAGACUCGCGUCAUGCGGAACUUCUUGCCGUACUUAACCAAGUUCAAACCAAUCAAUCUUUAUUAGAACAGAAAGUAACCGACCUUUCUAGCAGGCUAGCGACAGUUGAGACGAUGGUAGAAUCAUAUGACUCGGGUCACCAUAUUCCUGAUCUUCCGCAAGCAGUUAAUACAGUCAUAAGAAACGAAACGACUGCUCUUCAUUCCCGACUUGACGAGUUGGAAGAUCGCUCUCGUAGAGAUAAUUUGAUAUUCUUUGGCAUUGCUGACAAUGUUUCUGAAGGUUGGGCGCAGAGUGAAAAAAUAAUCACUGACCUUAUAUCUCAAAAACUUGACCUCAACCUAUCAAAUGAAGCAAUACAGCGUGCGCAUAGGCUUGGUGCCUAUGUUCCCAAUAAGUGCCGGCCUAUUAUUGUUAAAUUUCAGUCGUCAAAAAUAAAGGAUAACGUUUUUUAUCAGAGGAAGAAGUUUCAACCCUCUAAGGUGUCAGUUAGUGAAGAUUUCUCGAGGGCAACACGACAAUGCCGAAAAAAGUUACAUGAAUUUGGUAAAAACUCUGGACAGCCGUACUCGCUACGAGUAAACAAAUUGUAUAUUAACAAGACUGUCUAUGUGUAUUGCCAUGUUACCGACCGUGUGUGCGAACUUGAGACACGCGAGGAGCGCAACAACAGUAACAUUGGUAAUGCUUCCCCCGUCACUCUUCCAGCUGCUGCCAGUUUACCCGCCCCAGCAACAUAGCUAGCACGAACGCAAUCAGCCAGUCAGGUGUCCCUGCUGUAUUCCAAUGUGCGUAGUGUGUGUAACAAGCGCGACGACUUAUCUUCCGUUAUCGACACGUGUUCUGCGGAUGUGGUACUGCUCACAGAAACUUGGCUCUCUUCCGCUAUUCAUGACUUUGAAAUAUUGCACUGCGAAGCGGGCUACAAAAUUUAUCGUUCGGAUCGUACUGGUAGUCGAGGCGGUGGUGUGUUGAUAGCUGUCCGGGAUACUUUCAUCUCUAGUGCGAUUAUGGUCGACACCAACUUAGAAUUUGUUAGCGCAUGUGUAUUUACAGGGCAUAGAAAGUUCAUUUUCAGUGUGUGCUAUAAACCGCCACAGUCUUCAACAGCAUUUUGUCAAGAAUUACAUGAUGUCCUAAAUAAGUUGACUGUGCGGUUUCCCAAAUGUCCUUUAUUUCUUUUUGGAGAUUUUAACUUGCCUUCUAUAAUCUGGUCUACUGACCC